AUGGGGAGAAGGGACAGUAUGAGAUGGGUCGACAAGUCCCUCAAGGACUCCGUCUUCCUUUCGAGAGAGGAGGCGUCCUUCUGGCUGGGGAUAGCGAGCCUCGUCUACUGGGGCGUCGCGGAGAUCCCUCAGAUAAUCACCAACUACCGGACCAAGUCCGGCCAUGGCGUCUCCUUCGCUCUCCUCUUCACUUGGUUAAUCGGGUCCUCCCUCCUCUCUCUGUAUCUCUGUUUCUCUGUUUCUCUGUUUCUCUGUUUCUCUCUCGUGUCUCUUCUAGCUGAUCAGAAAAACUGAGGGGUUCGCCCUUUUCCACACGCAGGGACGUCUUCAACGUAGUGGGGUGUCUGCUCGAGCCGGCCACGGUAUGCACAGAAGACUCUCAUAAUUCUACUCGCAGGACGAGUGCAGCUUGUGUUUCUGAUUUUCUCUAACACUCUUUCUUCUGUGCUUCUGGUAUGAUCAGCUGCCAACUCAGCUCUACACGGCCUGGGUGACAACACUCUGUCCUUCUUCGACAAUUAAACAUCAUCCGAAGGCCUUCGUGGAGAGAGAGAGAGAGAGAGGUGUGCCUGUGUUCUGAUUUUAGCUUUCGCUCCGCAGCUUUACUCGGGCAUUACGGUGGUCUUGGUGCUGCAAACUUUGUACUACGACUACGCAGUGAGGUGGUGGAAGUACAAAAGUGUCGACAUCAAUCCAGAGCCAGAGGUAUAUCUCCGAUCUUCUACAUCAACGAAGUCGUCGUGUAUUAUAUAAAUUCAGAUGACAAAAUAUUCCGAAGUAGGUCAGCGAAGCAUCAUACGGCCGUUCUACUGACGUCGGCUUCUCCUUCUCAGGUCGAAGACGGCAAGAACUCCGUCGAUCCCCGACCCACCGUGCCCCCCACCGCGCCAAUACUCCUGCCCGCCUCCGCUUAUCCACUCCCUCCACGAGACGUUCAUUAUAUGUGCGUCAACUUACGUAAACAAUCUACGGGUUGUAAUAUCAUUGUUACAUCAAUUCCUUCGCCCUGUGGCUCCUCGGACGCGCUCAUAUCUCGAUCUCUCCUCGAAACAGGUCCGCCAGGUCCCUCGCCAACAGCGGCACGCCGACUUUUGGAUCUUAUCUCGUCGCGAGGAGCGAUCCCGCCGGCAGACAGCCGGCGCUGCUACUGGACUCCUCAGACGACGAGUCCAUGACGCAGCACCGCUCGGGCGUGGCUGCUGCAGUGGUCUCACUCUCGGUGAGCUCAUUUAUUUAACUCUCUCUCUCCCCUCGCUUUAAGAUGCCUUCCUAAGUAUUGCGAUGCCCGGCUAAACCCGCCGCCGCGGGUCGAGUGUCGUCAGCAUCUGAGGGCCUUGGGGAGGGGGGGUGGACACGCUUCUCGAGCUUAUCUCUUUCAGGCCUCCAAUGGGACCCACAUUCACACGGAAGUUUGUCGUUUUCAUUUCCAUGAUACUGUUCAGUCAGCAGUCUUUCUCACAGCCUCCGAUUAAAGUAGCAACAGGACAGAGCCUUAUAACAUGGUCAUAGAUUCCUUUGCGAUUGUUUACUAGAAUGGCCCAGUCUAUUUCUGUAACUCUCUUGAUCUGAUUGGUCCACGUGUGCAGCCGGGUCGCGGCACCUUGAUGGCCGUCUGCGCGAGCCUGCCGUUUCGGACGAAGGCUUUAAUGGGAGGGGCCCUGGCGGUGCUCUCCUCCGACGAAUCCUUACAGGUACUCAGUUCGGAGGAGACCCUUCGCCGGUCAGAGGGAGUGGGCGGUGAUCUCUGGAGAUAACGAGAGUUCUUGGCGCAGGAAGCGGGGCUAGAAGGAGGACCUUACGGCGUCUGGCUGGGAUGGAUAAUGGCCGCCAUCUACACGGGAGGCCGCCUCCCCCAGAUCAUCCUCAAUGUAAGAGAUUCGCAUAAUUUUGUUCGAUUUCGAUCGAUUUGAUCGGGUUUAAGCUGAUGAGGUUUGCUUGUGCAGAUCAAGAGAGGGAGUUUGGAGGUAAAUCUCUCCCCGUCCGCAAGAUUAUCACUGGAGAUGAUUGGUGGAGAAAGGAGCAAAGAUCUGCGAUCGGUGGUGAUUUUCUCUCUCUAAUCUCUGGCUCCGUUGAUGUUUUCUGCAGGGCUUGAACCCCGUCAUGUUCCUACUGGCCGUCCUCGCUAAUGUUUCUUACGUGGGAAGGUCUCUCUCUCUCUCUCUCUCUCUAUCUCUCUCUCUCUCGCUAUGACUGAGAUAUCGAUCUCCUUUUUUGUCUCAGCAUACUGGUGAAGAGUGUGAAGUGGAGAAGAAUAAAAGCCAACGCACCAUGGCUACUGGACGCAGCAGUCUGCGUUAUACUAGAUCUCCUCGUAUCCUUGGCCAGAAUUUACGUAAAAUGCACCAUCCAUCCCUUUCAAAGCUUUGGGCUGGACCCCCAUGGAACGGUCAUACAUAGAGACAGACUACAGACACAUACAGAGAGAGAGAGAGAGAGAGAGAGAGAGAGAGAGAGAGAGAGAGAGGAGGGUUAGGGUUCACUCUUCUAGGAAUUGAAAUUAUAAUAUGCAUAUUGUUCACUUAACCAUUUUGUGAACAGAUCUUACUGCAGUAUCUGUACUACAAGUCUGUCCAUGAGAGGAGGAGAAGAAGAGAUGGCAUGCGGGACGGUUUCGGAGACUAUGAGGAGAUCAAGUGA